GCGUUGUCGUGUGUGUGCGUGUGUGCGUGUGUGUGUGUAUGGGUGCGUGACUAUUGAAGGCGCCACGUCGGCAGAACCAGCAGGCUGAAAAGAGAGCUGCGUAGCUCAGCCUGUGACCGACCGAGAGGGAGACGAGAAGUUACGAAGCAGCGGGUUGGAGUCACUUUGUAAUGCGGUAACAGCGAGAAGGACGAAGGACACGAAGAAGAAGGACACGGAGAAGGAGGCGAAGAAGGACGCGAAGAACGAGGCAUUGGUAGUCCGAGCAGCAGGUCUGAAAACGCAGCAUUUCCAGGGCAGAGUUUUGGUUUCGCAGGCUGAAACAGAAGCUGUCUCAAGUUCCUCCGCCAGGUGUGUUCCGAGGACCGAAGCACUGGGAACAAUGGUGAAGAAUGUGAACAGCGUUAACGUGGAGCCCCAGCCAGGGACCAGCAUGGCCCCGGACGAGGCUGAGCCCGUCGACGGCGAACCUGCAGAGGACUCUGGGAAGGACCACGUGGUGGCCGCCCCCGGCAUGAUGUGGCGGGUCACCGGCGGCCUCUUCAACGUCACCAAGGGAGUCGUGGGCGCCGCAGUGGGCGGGGUGGCCUGGGUGGGCGGCAAGAGCCUGGCCAUCACCAAGUCGGCCGUGACCACGGUCCCCAUGAUGGGGGUGGGGCUCGUGAAGGGCGGGGUGGCCGCCGUGGCCGGUGGCGUCUCCUCGGUGGGCUCGUCGGUCGCCAGCAAAGUCCCGUUCACGGCCAAGAGGAAAGACAAGGCUGAGUGAAGAUGAAGAUGACGAUGAUGGACCAACAAGGAGAGGCUGCCAGCUGACCUCUGUCUGCCAAUCAAACUCUACAGUGCCUUCUGACAGUCAAUCGGAGACUUUGAUACAAAUACACUACGUUCGCCACCGGAAGAAAAAAAAAA